UCCACAAUAGACUCAGACUGCCCAGAUCCAAAAUGAAUAAAUACAGAGUGUGUGUUCACACCAUCAGUCCCUCUGGUCUCCUACAACAGGCUCCUGUUAAACCAUGCUCUGCUUCAGCACCGCUCUCUUGUUGGCAGUGACCUGUCUGCUUGUGAAUGCAGGUGCCCCCACAGAGACCGUCACCACCUGUGAAGGCAACAACGUCCAUCUCUUGAGCUGCGAUGAGGGAGUGAUCAGUGUUCAGUCAGCGUUCUAUGGACGAUCAGACAGUGUGACCUGCAGUGUGGGACGACCUCCACAACAGAUAACCAACACAGGCUGCUCUCUGACAGGAGCCGUGGAAGUCCUCAAGAGGAGGUGUGAUGGGAAAAGGUCAUGUGAACUGAACACAGGUGUCUUCUCACCUGAUCCCUGCAGGGGCACCUAUAAAUAUCUACAGACCAAGUUCAUCUGCCUCCCAUCAAUUUACCGUAUGACAUGUGAGAACUCUGCAGCUCAUCUUCAUUGUGCUGAAGGACAGGUUAUAUCUGUAUACAGUGCUGAUUAUGGACGCCACGACCACACCACAUGCUCUUACAGUCAGCCUCCAACAUCAGUCCAAAAUGCUGACUGCUCACACCCUACCAGCAAAGUUGCUGAGAGCUGCAACGGGAAAAACAGCUGUAUCAUCAGUGCCAGUAACUCAGUGUUUGGAGACCCCUGUGUCGGCACUUACAAAUACCUGGAGGUGGCGUACAACUGUGAAUACUCAGACUCUGACAGCUCACCUCAGCUGGUGAAACUGCCUCCAUCACCACUCUUCACCUCAGACAGGAUCUUCUUCAACAUGCUCUGCUUCAGAGGCUGCACCACACUGUUGCUGGCAGCAACAUGUUUGCUCACGACAGCAGUAGUUUCCACAGAGAGAGCUGUGACCUGUGACGACAGCCACAAUGUCCAACAUCUGAGCUGUGGUGUAGGAUCAGUGAUCAGUGUGCAGGCAGCUCUGUAUGGACGAGCUGAUGAUGAGACCUGCAGCGAAGGACGACCUCAGAGUCAGCUCUCCAACACAGAGUGUUCUCAGGAUGGCACUGUGGACGUCCUCAAGAGGAGGUGUGAUGGGAAGAAGGAGUGUGAGGUGAUCACAAACAUUGUUCAUUCCUCUGACCCCUGCCCUGGAACCUACAAAUACCUGGAGACCAACUACACCUGUUUCCCAGCAAUUCAUACCAUUACCUGUGAGCACUCUGUGGCACAUCUGUACUGUGAUGAAGGGCAGGUUAUAUUUGUCUACGGAGCUGACUAUGGACGUCGUGACCACACCACCUGCUCGUACAAACGGCCUGCCUCUCAGAUUGAAAAUGUCUACUGUUCUAACCCCACCAGCAAAGUGGCUGAGAGCUGUAAUGGGAGAAACAUCUGCUCUAUCAGUGCUAGUAACUCAGUGUUUGGAGACCCCUGUGUCGGCACUUACAAAUACCUGGAGGUGUCGUAUGUGUGUGAAUAUCCUGGGAACAAUCCACAGUAGCCAGAGCAAACACACUGAACUUACAUCCACUCGUCGACUGUACCCCGUGAGGGUCGAUUACCCUGUGAGGGUCACAGGGAUUAAAUCAGAGUCAUAUCACAAUAAACAUGCAUUGGUUAAAAUAAA